AUGGUCAAAGAUUGCAUGGAGUACGCACAGAAAUGUCAAGCUUGUCAAUUCCAUGCAAACUUCAUCCAUCAACCGCCUGAGCCGUUGCAUCCUACAAUCACCUCACACCCGUUUGAUGUCUGGGGGAUGGAUGCUAUGGGACCCAUAACUCCGAAAUCCUCUGGCGGCCACAUGUACAUUUUAGCAGGCACGGAUUCCUUCUCGAAGUGGUCAGAGGCGGUACUGCUUAAAGAGAUAAAGAAGGAGACUGUUGUAGACUUCAUCAAAACAUGCAUUAUUCAAUGGUAUGGUGUGCCACGUUACAUCAUCACAGAUAAUGCCAAGUACUUCUCAAAUAGUGCUAUGCAAAAACUUAGCGAGAAGUAUCACUUCAAGCUACACUUUUCUUCAAUGUACAAUGCACCAGCAAAUGGUUUGGCGGAGGCAUUCAAUAAGACGCUAUGCAACAUCUUGAAGAAGACUGUCAGCAAGUCACAAAGAGACUGGCAUGAGAAGAUGGGCGAAGCAUUGUGGGCGUAUAGAACGACAUAUCGAACCACCACAAAUGUCACACCUUACUCUCUAGUGUAUGGUGUUGAAGCUGUCUUGCCGUUAGAGAAACAAAUUUCAUCAUUGAGGAUUGCUUUGUAA